CUCACGUAUCCGCGGCCCCGAAGACAAGUGGAGCACGUGACCGUUUUGGUCAAAUUACAUUUCAAAUUUCAAUGCGCGCUCCUGAUCCAAAGGAAAGAGCCGGAGGAACUGAUAACCCGCUUCACCAUUAACAAUCCGUCUCCACAUUAUUAAUAAAUCCCUGGGAAAAUAGCACAAUGUCCGAAGAAAAGCCAAAGGAAGGAGUGAAGACGGAGAACGACCACAUUAACCUCAAGGUAGCUGGUCAGGAUGGGUCAGUUGUACAGUUCAAAAUCAAAAGGCAUACUCCGCUCAGCAAACUAAUGAAGGCAUACUGCGAAAGACAGGGAUUGUCAAGUCGUCAGAUAAGGUUUAGGUUCGAUGGACAGCCAAUUAAUGAAACAGACACACCUGCACAGCUGGAGAUGGAGGAUGAGGACACUAUUGAUGUAUUUCAACAACAGACAGGAGGAGUCUGUUCUUAAGUGGAAUGUGGACUCUACUCUUGGAAGAACAUCCACGCCAUUAUUUUCAUGUCGUCUUUGUUUAUUUCUGUUUAAUUCUUGUUUUGUUUUGGGUUUAUUUUAUUAUUAUUUUUCUCCACUGUGCUUGGAUAAAUGUCAGGCUCUUCACAACAUAAAAGAAGGUAGAGGUUUUUCUUUUGGGGCCAAAUCCUAACUUUGAGAUGCAGGGUAAUUUUUUUUUUUUCCCCACAUACGUGGAUGAUUUGAAAUUGUCCAAGGCAGGGACAUAUCUCAGAUCAGAUAUGGCUCGUUAUGGAAAAACCUAUUGCGUUCUUUUGAUAUUGACAUUACCUCCUGCAUGUCUCAAACCAUAAGCUGAACUACAUGCCAAAAUCUCUUCUUUUUUUUCUUUUUCUUUCUUUUUUGUUUUGCAGAUUGUUGUAAGCCUUCAAAUUCAGGAUGGGUUCAACUAUUUUUAAUUCAUGUACUUGGUAGGAUUGCUGAUUGCUGUGGAGGAAAACUGCUGGAUGGGAGCCCGUGGUUUCUCUCCAUAGAUAGGGAAGACGUUUUGACAUAUUUGUCAUGUUAUAGUAGUCUCUCUUUUUUCUUUUUUUUUAAGGAACAUUGAAAAUAAUUUGAUGUAUCCCUGCCCAUUUUAUCUUAAACAUUUGCUAAGAAAAAAUGCUUGUGCCGAGAAAGAUCCAUAUGUAUGGUUUACCUCAAUACUGUCACCCUCAACGCAGAUUUAAAUGAAUGGUAAUUAAAGUACAGUAAUGUUUCUGGACCAAAAAGCUAAAUGAAUAGUGUUCUUUAUAAAAGGGUUUGGUUAAUAUGAGAAAUGUAGAUGUAAAGGGUUACUGUGACCGCAACAGUGGUCUUUGUUGUUACACAGCAGGAGAGCAGUUUUCUUGAUGUGUUAAUUGGUUCCUUUCCACCUUUUCAGUACUUUAGAAUAAAAAUAAUUGACCUUUACCAGUCCAGAAAUUGAGUGUCUCAUCUAAUGUUAUAUAUUUCAGUCAGUGUAUAAACAAAUAUUGAAUCAAAUCUGCGUUGCCAAUUUGAAUACGUUUGUCCAAAAUCUAUCCAAACAUUAUCAACAGAUGCUUAGUAUGUUUGACUUGUGUGUUGUUUAUGAGAAUGUCCACCUUAAUUUUAAAAAGUAACAUUUGUUAGAUUUGCAAGGUGACACCGGCAGAUAUUCCACAAUUUCUUUGAUUUGUACAUUAUUUGUUGUCCCUAUACUGUAUACAAUAAAUAUAGUUUGAUACUCA